AUGGAAGCUCCUAAUCUCUCGCCAGCUUCCAUCCGGCGGUACUUCGCCACAAGAUUGCCUACUCUCAUCCCACAAAAGCUCACACCUGAAGAGAAGAAGCUCCUCAACCCCUUCCCUGCCCUGGCUCUUAUCAACAAGAAGACUUGGCUCUUUAUUGCAUGCGCUUUCUGCGGUUGGACUUGGGACGCUUUUGAUUUCUUCUCGGUAGGUCUAGUGGCUCCCGAAAUUGCCAAAUCUCUUAACAGAUCCGUCACCGAUAUUACUUGGGGUAUCACUUUGGUUCUUAUGCUUCGAUCUAUUGGUGCUGUUGUUUUUGGUAUUGCUUCCGAUCGUUACGGACGAAAGUGGCCCUUUAUUGUCAACCUGCUGUGUUUCAUUGCUCUCGAGCUGGGAUCUGGGUUUGUUCAGACUUACAAACAGUUUCUUGGUGUCCGAGCCAUCUACGGUAUUGCUAUGGGUGGUCUUUACGGUAACGCCGCUGCUACUGCUCUUGAAGAUUGUCCUCCUCAAGCACGAGGUAUCAUUUCAGGUUUCCUUCAGAGUGGAUACGCCCUGGGUUACUUGCUUUGUGUGGUAUUCACUCGAGCUAUUGCUGAUACUUCUCCUUACGGAUGGAGAGCUCUCUUCUGGUUCGGCUCUGGACCCCCAGUUCUUUUCAUUAUCUUCCGAUACUUCCUGCCUGAAACUGAAACCUACCUUGCUUCCAAGGCGUCUCAGGAGGAAGCUGGAAUCGAGAAGAAGUUCUGGAAUGGAAUCAAGGUUACUUUCAAAAACUACUGGCUCAUGUUUAUCUACCUUGUUAUUCUCAUGGCAGGCUUCAACUUCAUGUCCCACGGCUCUCAAGACCUCUACCCCACUAUGCUCAAGAACCAGCGUCAUUUUAGCGCUGACCGAAGCACUGUUACCAACUGUGUUGCCAACUUUGGUGCAAUUGCCGGCGGUAUGUUGAUUGGUCACUUUUCUACUGCUCUCGGUCGACGACUCUCCAUCAUGAUCUCUUGUGUUAUUGGAGGUGCUCUGAUUUACCCUUGGGCCUUUGUUGGCAACUCUGCAGGAACAAAUGCAGGCGUUUUUUUCCUCCAAUUUUUCGUUCAGGGUGCUUGGGGUGUUGUUCCCAUUCAUCUUUCCGAGUUGUCUCCUCCUGAGCUUCGAUCUUCCAUGGUUGGUAUUGCCUACCAGAUGGGUAACCUGGCUUCUUCUGCAUCCUCCACUAUCGAGUCUAAGAUCGGUGAACGAUUCCCUCUGAAGAACGCGAAGGGGGAGUUCGAGAAGGGUUUCUAUGAUUACGGUAAGGUUAUGGCCAUCUUCAUGGGCUGCGUGUUCGGGUUUGUUCUUAUUGUAACAUUUGUUGGGCCCGAGAACCGAGGAGCCACCAUGCUUACUGAGGACGCUCAGAUGAUGGUCGAUGCGGAGCACAGACUGGACGCCGAGGAGAAGGGUGACUUCGAGAACCUUGAGCGAGUCGACUCAGAGGGCAAGCAGAUGGACAACUUUGUUGAAGAGGUCGCUGAGCCUGAGGGCGUGUACACUGGUUCUCACCCUCCCCAAUAUGACUCCCCCUACGAGUCCAAGUAA